CUGACGAAGUGUGCUGAUGACUCAGAAACUGCCAACUAUAUUAGUGCUCAUACAAAGGAUUGUCCUAAAUGUCAAAUCUGUAUAGAAAAAAAUGGUGGUUGUAAUCAUAUGCAAUGUGGUGCUUGCCGACACGAUUUUUGUUGGGUAUGUCUCGGUGACUGGGGCUAUCAUGGAUCAGAGUACUAUGAGUGCAGUCGCUACAAGGAAGAUCCUAAUUCUAUAACAGAUAGUCAACAAGCCCAAGCAAAGGAAGCUUUAAAGAAAUAUUUGCAUUACUAUGAGAGAUGGGAAAAUCAUGCAAGAUCCUUAAAAUUAGAAGAGCAGACACUUGCAACUUUAAAAAGCCGAAUAAAUCAGAAGGUUAUGGCUGGCGAGGGCACAUGGAUUGAUUGGCAGUACCUUUGGGAUGCAGCUAGACUCUUGAAGCGCUGUAGAUACACACUUCAAUACACUUACCCAUUUGCUUAUUAUAUGGAUAUAGGGCCUAGGAAAGAAUUAUUUGAGUAUCAGCAGGCACAAUUGGAAGCAGAAAUAGAGAAUUUAUCUUGGAAAAUAGAAAGGGCUGAAACCACGGACAGAGGAGAUCUUGAAAAUCAAAUGGAUAUUGCUGAAAAGCGAAGAACUACAUUACUUAAAGACUUCUUAGAAUUUAAUAUUAGUAGCGCAUCUGGUAGUAAAAUAUAA